UGUUAGAUGCGGUUAGCAUUCACUUCAAGUCGGUAACAUCAGCUGUUGCUAUAAUUAUUUGGAAAAUUUGUCGAGCAACAUGGAUAAAGAGCAGCCAACAACAAGCGCUAACGCUUCUCAAGCAAAGGAUCAGGACCACAAUCCGCUACUUGACUCACCGAUGCGGGGCCCCACUCUAUCAACUUCAACCUCUAGUUUCGAAGCAUUGGCCCACGCCCAUGACCCAAAUCUCAGUAAACUGGCUACGAAAAUGUUCCAAAAAACAGAAGAAUAUAUAACGCACGAGCUUAAUGCGCCAUUAGAAGACUAUAAAUUGCUUGAGGAAAUGAAUAAGGCAACCAUAGCCAAGUACAAGGACAUGCGUCAAAUAGCAGAGAACCUCAACGUAUCCACUAACGAAUUGUGCGGCAAGUUUCAACAGCUGGCACCCCUCAUGCAGCAAAUUGAUGAAAUAUCAGACGCUGUGGACAAGUUGGAGGCGGCUGCUUACAAGUUGGACGCAUACAGCAUAGCUCUAGAAAACCGAGUUAAGUGUGUGCUGCAGCGCAAAUCGAAUCAGCACGUAGGAUAAUAAUUGCGAAUUUUCCGAAAAUCAUUACUAGUACAUUUAUUACAAUAGAAUUUAAGUUUUACCCAAGUAACAA